UUUACGAAAACUGCGGGACAUUCAGCGACAGCGACUGAGAACUCGUCGGUCAUUUCUAGUUGAAAUUGCUUGCUUUAUCAGCAAGCUCGUGUGCAAUUGUUAGCUACAAGCGUCGUAGUUAUAGUUCUGUAACUGACUUAGAUAGCUAGAUAACUGUUUAUUUUCUUAACUUGAAACCGUAGGGAAUAUUUAGCUGAUGCCCUCAGAUAAUCUGCAACAAACUAAGUCGCUAGUUCGCUACGUUGUCAGCACUGCCUUCACGUCAAUGAGCAGUGGGGGCUGGCUAACAAGCAAGCCGAUUUUGUUUUUUUAGUGCUGGAAGUGGAUACAUUGUCUAUCCGACUAGUUUACAAAUGAUCCACUCGUUCCAUUGUGCUUUUCUAUGCUUGAGUUUCCUUUGUCCAGCAACUGUGAUAUAGCUAGCUGCCAAGUUCUGUAUUCAUCAGGAAGAACUGGGCGCUGGGAGAUGCAACAGUAACAAUCGCAUGUAACUAGUGAACUUUCCUUGAGUUUUUUUGUAUAGAUUUUAUUUUGUCUAAUAAUGGACAUCAGUACAGUUUUGGGAGGCAUUCUUGGUUGUGUGCUGGGAGGGCUGGUGCUCGCUGCUUACAGACUUGGUGUUUUCUACCAGCUGAUUCACAAGACAGAGACCAAGAGCCCGCGUCAUGGGGGGGAGAGCGUGGCGGAGGUCCUGCGGGCCCACGGGGUCAAGUUCGUCUUCACCCUGGUCGGGGGCCACAUCUCGCCCAUUCUGGUGGCGUGCGAGAAGCUGGGCAUCCGGAUCGUGGACACCCGGCACGAGGCCACCGCGGUCUUUGCGGCCGACGCAGUCGCCAGGCUCUCCGGCACCAUCGGCGUUGCCGCGGUCACCGCCGGUCCCGGUUUGACCAACACGGUGACGGCGGUGAAGAACGCGCAGAUGGCCGAGUCGCCCUUGCUCCUGAUUGGAGGAGCAGCAGCUACACUCCUACAGGGCCGGGGGGCCCUGCAGGACAUUGACCAGAUGUCCCUCUUCAAGCCGCUCUGCAAGUUCUGCGCGUCCGUGCGGACCGUCCGCGAGAUCGGGCCGGUGGUGAGGAAGGCCAUCGCCGCCGCCCAGUCAGGCACGCCAGGUCCUGUGUUUGUGGAAUUCCCUAUCGACACUCUCUACCCCUUCCACCUGGUGGAGAAAGAAUUCGCUGUCAAAAACCCCCCCAAAGGAUUAAUGGGGAAAGUUGUUGCCUGGUACCUACACAAUCACCUGAAGAACCUGUUCGCUGGGGCUUGGGAGGCCAGAGCCGUCUCCCCGCUGCCUGUGCACAUACCUAUGGCUACAGACUCACAGAUACAACAAUGUGUGGAGCUGGUGAGCAGAGCCAAGAAGCCUGUCAUUCUCCUGGGUAGCCAGGCAACGCUACCCCCGACCCCCGUGGAUGAAAUCAGGAAGGCUUUGGAGUCGCUGGGCAUCCCGUGUUUCCUCGGCGGCAUGGCCAGGGGCAUGCUGGGACGGGACAGCCCCCUGCACAUCCGGCAGAACCGACGGGACGCCCUGAAGGAGGCGGACCUUGUGCUGCUGGCCGGCACGGUGUGCGACUUCCGGCUGAGCUACGGCCGGGUGCUGAGCCGCCGCAGCAAGAUCAUCGCCGUCAACCGCGACGCGGGCCAGCUGACCAAGAACUCGGACAUGUUCUGGAAGCCCACUGUCGCCAUCCAGGGGGACGCCGGGUCCUUCCUGUUGAGCCUCUCCCGGGGCCUGAAGGGCCACCGCUGCCCCGAGGACUGGCCCCGGAGCCUGAAAGACGGAGACCGGACCAAAGAGAACUCAAACAGAGAGAAAGCCGCAGAGAAGACGGAGCGACACCUGAACCCGCUGCAGGUGCUGCACCGCGCGGACGCCCUGAUGGCGGAGGACAGCAUCAUCGUGGCGGACGGGGGGGACUUCGUUGGCAGCGCCGCGUACAUCAUGAGGCCCCGCGGGCCCCUUCGCUGGCUGGAUCCAGGUGCCUUUGGGACUCUGGGUGUUGGAGGAGGGUUUGCCCUCGGGGCAAAACUCUGCCGUCCUGACUCAGAGGUGUGGAUCGUCUACGGAGACGGGUCACUGGGCUACAGCGUCGCUGAGUUUGACACCUUCACGCGGCACAAGACCCCCGUGAUUGCGCUGGUGGGGAACGACGCCUGCUGGAGCCAGAUCUCCAGGGAGCAGGUCCCCAUUCUGGGGAGCAAUGUGGCCUGUGGGCUGGCCUUCACAGAUUACCACGUUGUGGCCGACGGCUACGGGGGCAAGGGCCACCUGAUUGGGCGCGAGGACGAGGGCCGGCUGGACGACAUCAUCCGCCAGGCCCAGCGGGAGAGCCGCGAAGGCACGGCGACGUUGCUCAACGUCCUCAUCGGCAAAACCAACUUCAGAGACGGCUCCAUCUCGGUGUAGGGGCGCCGGGGUCCUCCCUGCUAGCAUCCGAGCGCCGCCGCGGCUAACACUUCCCGCCUAGAAAUCCAAAGCAUAGGAUCUGCUGAGACGCACGGCGGAUACCGUAGAGCGCUUCGCUUUCCGACAUUCCCCUAGAUGCACCGCUCUUACCAAGCGAAAGUAGGAAGUGGAGAGAGAGGCGUUUUGCCUGAAAAAAUCUCACCCAUACAGGCCUAUGUCGGCCUCCAAAAAAAACUGGUUUUGAAACCUUCUUUUUGGUAUAUAUCCCUGGUUUUUAAUCUGUGUUGAUGAUGAUUGGGCUUCCAUGUAAUUUAUACUGAUUUGAGUCAUGUGUAUUCUGAAAUUGUGACUGGUUUUCACAAAUUCCUCUCCAGUGUAAUUUAAUUUAAUCACAUUAUUUCAGGCAGACACAUUGUUCAAUAUGAGUCGGUACUAUGUGUGAGAGAGGUCGGUGACUGACUGCAAAAGCUAUUUGAAUUUUGCCAAGUAUAUCAUGUGGAGCAUUAUAAUGGAGAACAGGAUUUAUGAAUCCGAGGCUUGCACUGAUGGAUGAUUAUGAUGCUUUCACAUGUCGUUAAUUAGAAAUAACACAAGCCUCGAUCUGGAGAAAGUCAUUAUCUAAAUGUUGCGCAUUGAAAAUGAUUAACUGAGCUUGCUAAUCUUAAAGGGGCAGUUUACCCAAAAAUCUAAAUUAUGCUAGAUUUCCCCUUACCCAUGGUUUUAUCUAUAGACCACUUGAGUUCACUUUAUGAAGAAUAUGAACAUUCAUAUUAAUUAAUGAUGAAUUAAUAGGGAACAGAUUUGAAAAAUAACUACUGAUAGCAUGUUCAAAAGCAGUUGAGCUGCUAAUGAAUAUAACAGGUUUGGUUAUUUGACAUGAGAUGAUGCCGUGUGUUUGGUUUAAAAAUAGUGUGCCUCUAACUGUUGAAUGUAACACUCAACCAACGUAUAAAAUGUAUGCAUAUUCAUAAUUUUUAAUCUUACUAUGGCUGUACACAGAAGAGAUUGUGGCAUGAAGUGAAUCACUGCCUGAGUUUAAACUUGCACUGUUGGGCUAUUGGUUUGCAUCUUUAUUCAUAUUUGUAUUUCCUUAUGGAAAAUACAAGCACCUGAAAUCCCAUUUUGUGUUAUUGUAAUCAGGAAAUAAGGCCUUCUGAUUUUAUUGCCUAUUUAUGGUAAUAAACAGCUCUAAUACUACGUUUACAGUGCCCUCAAAAAGUAUGCUAAUGGUAGAAUUAAAUUUAUUUUUGCUGUAUUCUUAAAGCAUUUGGCCUUGAGGUUAAAAGAUGAAUAUGAGACAAUAGUACAGACAUUCAGCUUUUAUUUCAUGGUCUUUGUGUGUUUUUCCAUUUUAAUGAAACAGCUGUUUUUGUUAGGAGUCCCCUACAAAUCAAAAUGCCUUAAGUAUAUAUUUUUUUAAAAACAGCUGACUUUGUAAAAUGUGAAAAUGUGCACACACAUAAAUACCAUGAAAUAUAAGCUGAAUCUGUUCUUUUGUCUCAUAUUCAUCUUUUAACCUCAAAUCCAAAUGGCUUAAGUAUAUAGCGAAAAUAACUAUUUUAACUCUGCCGUUCCCAUAGUUUUGGAGGACACUAUUUGCCUGACCACACUAUUUUGAAUAAUUUCAAGGGAAGAUGGUGGUACAAACCCAAAGUAGCAAUAUCACCAGUGAUUUUAUUUGAUUUUGUUUUAUUUGUGUGAAUAAGAUCUUGGAUAUUUGGGGACAUUUGGUUGUAACCAAACAAAAAGAAAAUCAGUGUUCAUUUUUGAGCAUAUGUAUGUGUGUGUGUGUGUGUGUUUCAAGGGAACCAAGGGAAUAAAUAAAUAAUGAUUUUAGAAAGAGAUAUACAGUUUGGAGUUGUGCUGUUAUGCUGAUUGGUUGCUGAGAUUAAAUGGACUUUCAAAUAAACUGGAAAAAAAAUAGUUGAAUUGUUAA